CUAUUGUGAAGGCAGCUCGGAGAGUAUAAAAAGCGCGCGCACCUAUACUGCUCAUAACACGGAGCAAAGCGGACUUCUUAGGUGUUCUUGUCUGUCUAUCAACAUGAAGGCUGUUGCAUUUGUACUUGUUGCGGCAAUUAUUGCUGGCUGCCACACUCGCGCAGUGCCCCAGGCUGACGAGCCUCUGGUCAAGUGGGAAGAGACAGUGGAUCGAUUCUGGCAGUUCAUCUCAGAGCUUAACACUCAUACUGAUAGUGUGGUUGAGAACUUGAAGACUGACCAACUCAGCAGGGAACUUGAUACUCUGAUCACUAACACCAUGGCUGAGCUGAACGUGUACAGGGCAGACAUCGAGACCAAACUGGGCCCCCAUGCUAAGGACGCCUCAGACCAGCUGAAGCAGGAUCUGGAUCUGCUGACCAGCAAGCUGCAGACUGACAUGCUUAAUGCCAAGGACCGCUCCACCCAGUACCUUCAGGAGCUGAAGACCAUGUUGAAGCAGAAUGCAGAUGAUGUCAAGAACCGUGUCAACAGCUACAUUCGUAAACUCAAGAAGCGCCUGGGCACAGACACCGACUUGAUCCGCAACACUGUGGCCACUUACCUGGGUGAGCUGCAGUCCCGUGGUGAGCAGAAUGCUGAGUCAGUAAAGACCCACUUCGAGCCCUACGCUAAACAGGUGCAAGAGGGCAUCGGUCAGAAGUUGGGCACCAUAACCGACUUGUUUCAGAGCCAGACCCAGGGAGUGAGCCAGCAGCUGGAGGAACAGGCCAAUGUGCUGAAACAGCAGCUGGAGCAGACCGCCGACAGCUUGCGCAUUUCCCUUGAGGGCCGGAUUGAGGAGCUCACCGGCCUCCUGAAUCCUUACACUGAGAAGAUCCGUGAACAGCUGCAGACUGUCUUGGAAAAGAUCCAAGAGGCCUCAGCUGCCCUCCCUGGCCCAUUGUAAAACCAACAAUUAUAACACAUUGUACCAAACACAGGGAGAGAAAGUGGGGGUCAUGUUAGUUACUGAUGCUUUAUAGUCUUCACUGUUUGAUAGGGAAACAAGAAAGGGAAAGAACAUGAAAAAUGGAGUACUGUUUAUUAAUCACCAUGUGGGCUUUCUCAGUAUUAAUCCACUAAAUAAUACUUCUUAAAGUGCAAUAGUAUAACAACCUUGGCUAGUCAUGUUACUCAGAUCUUUUAGAUUGCAUACAGGCGUGCUUUUGGGAUGACAGCAGGUGUACAACCAAACCUCAUGAAACAUUGUCCACCAUUUCAAUCACAAAAUCUUCAAAUAAAUGUCUGAUGCUGUUUUUGAACCUGUAUGCAAUAAAAAUGGGUAAUGGAUAAAAUUGA